CUCUCCCUCAUCAUCCUAACCCCCCUCCUGCUCCUCCUCCUCCACGACCUCAAAACAUGGUACCUUCUCCCCCGGGGCCCCACGCCCCUCCCCUUCAUCGGGAACAAGCACCAGCUGUCGCCCACGCGCCCCUGGGCCCAACUCGCCGCCUGGGCGCGCCGCUACGGCCCCAUCUACACAAUCUGGACAGGCCGGCACCCGACGCUGGUGAUCAACGACCCGGUCCUCGCGUCCGACCUGCUCGAGCGGCGCAGCGCGACAUUCUCCUCCCGCCCCCGCAUGGUCGCCAUGGGCGAGCUGCUCUGGGCCAACGCGAGCAUUCUCGUCCAGCCAUACGGGCCCGCCUGGGCCCUGCGCAGAAAGCUGCUGCACCGCGCGCUCGCGCCCCCGGCGCUCGAGUCCUACAAGCCCGUGCAAGAGGCCGAGGCGGCGCGCCUGUGUCGCGCGCUGCUAGACGUCGAGUCCCCACGUGGUUUUGAGCGCCCGCUCGAGCGCUUCACGGCGAGCGUCGUGUUCGCGGCUGCGUAUGGUCGGCGCAUCGACAGCUUGGAGGCCAAGGUCCUGCGCGACCGCUUCGCGUUCAUGCGCUAUGCGAGCGGGCUGAACGUGCCGGGCAAGUACGCGGUGGAGGCGUUUCCCUGGCUGAAAUACGUGCCGGCCUUUCUCGCGCCCUGGAAAGCCGACAUUCAGGCUCACGGCGCCGCCGAAGCAGCCGCCAACCUCGCGCUGCUGGGCGCCGUGGAGGCGGAUCUGCGCGCGUAUGGCGCCGACGCCGUCGCGCCCUGCCUCGCGAAACAACUCCUGCUCGCCCAUGCCGAGAGCCCGAUACCGCUCUCCCGCCGCGACAUCGCCUUCCUGCCCGCCUCGCUCUUCGGCGCCGGCUCCGACACGACCGCUAGCACGCUGUGCAGCGCGCUCCUCGCGCUAGUUACCCACCCAGCCGCCCAACGCACCUUACACACCGAACUAGCAGCCACGGUCCCCCUCUCCGACACCAGCGGCCGCCUCCCGCGCUUCGCAGACCUGCCCCGUCUCCCGUACCUCCGCGCAGCAGUGCACGAGACGCUGCGCUGGCGGCCCGUGGCCGCGCUGGGCGGGACGCCGCAUGCAGCCUCUGCCGGGGAGUGGGUUGGGGCGUGGUAUGUGCCGCGGGGGACGACGGUACUGGUGAAUUCGUGGGGCGUCAAUUUGAACGAGGCGUACUAUCCGGACGCGCAUGUUUUCCGGCCGGAGCGGUUCCUGGCCGAGACCAAAGCAAGAGAAGGCGAGGAGAAGCUCGGCCGCCCCCACCCCACAACCCUGCGCAGCGGCGGCGCCUCCGCAGGCCACGGCCACUCGUCCUUCGGCUGGGGCCGGCGCGUCUGCCCCGGUGCAGGCUUGGCGCUGAACUCGCUGGCGAUUGCGCUGGCGUGCUUGGUGUGGGGGUUUGAGGUCUUGCCUGCUGAGGGGCGCGAGGGGCGCGUAGCGUUAGAGGGCGAAGGCCCCGAGAAGGGCUAUGAUAUCUUUGACUAUACGGAGGGGUUUAACAUCCGGCCCCGCGAGCUCGAGUGUCGACUCAGGGUUAGGAGUGUGAGGCAUAGGGAGGUGAUUGAGCGGGAGAUGGGGCGCGCGAUGGAGGUGUUG